UGACAGAGGCCCGAUAUGCCGGUUUGGAUUGUCAACUUGUUGCCAAAUGUCCUAGUACGAUUUUAAUAUCUUGAGAGCGGCCCUUACACAGCACACAUAUCAAGCCAUUACUAGUAGUGCAACGUUCACAGAUUGAACUCGGCGAAGACGAACCUCAAAGAUGAGCAACAGCAAGUCUCCUCUCGUUCACACCACUGUAGUACACGACUAUGGUUCGACACCACCCACUUCUGCCGGCACGUCCCAAGAUGAUGGAGCAAUUAAUGGACGGCGCAUUGUCCCAGGGUUCAUCGUCAAUAAUGCCGGGAUGCUAUACAUUAUAGCUUCCCAAUUUUUUUUCGCUUCCAUGAAUCUGUCGGUGAAGAUGUUGAACACCUUGGAGCCUCCGGUGCACGCAUUUGAAGUUAGCUUUGGUAUCACGUUGAUGUGCUGUGUGAUAUACAUGAUUAUCAAAAGGGUCCCUGAUCCAAUCUUUGGCCCCAGAGGUGUUCGAAUGCUAUUGAUAAUCCGUGGAAUCACCGGGUUUUUCGGAUUAUGUGGAAUGUAUCUGUCACUUCAGUAUCUAUCUGUUGCAGAUGCGACAGUCCUGGGUUUCUUGAAACCUCUUACAACGGCGAUCGCUGGGUACGUCCUCCUUAGGGAGGGCUACUCCGUCAUUCAAGCUGUCGCGGGAGUUUUCAGCUUACUUGGUGUUGUCCUUAUCGCUCGCCCCCCGUUUCUAUUCAAGUUCAUACCAAGCGCUAAUCCCGACGGAUUCUACUUGCCGGAAGCAACCCCAAUGCAAAGGCUUGUGGCCGUUGGGGCAGGUAUGAUCGGUGUUGUUGGAGCCACUGGAGGAUAUACCUCAAUUCGCGCAAUUGGGAAGCGAGCUCAUCCGAUGCAUGUAAUGACAUUCUUUUCCUUGUGGUGCACUAUCAUGGCAUCUUUGGGCAUGGCCGUCUUCGAUAUUCCUGUUGUAUAUCCUAGAUCAUGGAGAUGGUUACUUCUUUUGCUCAUGAAUGGUGUCUUUGGCUUCCUAGCACAGGGAUUGCAGCGAGAAACUGUAUCACGCGGUUCUACCGGGGUGUAUAUCCAGAUACUUUUUGCUGUAGUGCUUGAACGCCUAAUCUUCGGAGUUGUGCCGUCUUUACUGUCAGUUAUCGGGGCCGCUAUCAUUGUGUCUUGUGCUCUCUGUGUCGUUUUGACAAAGCCAGCACCUACCCCCGCCAGUACCGUUGACAGUACGGCAUAACAUAUUGGAACUCUUGAACUUUCACGGGACCAUAUAAAGCCUGUAAUUGCUCUCAUACUCUUGUAGCACUUUCAAUU